GGAGAAUUAUAGACUAUUUAGUAAUGCUUCCAAGGGAGACGGCCAAAGUAGCGGAUUCUACGCCAACACAAACACAUUACUUUGGUAUCGCCGAGGAGAUCCUCUCGGUGCUCCCUUCUGAUCCCUUCCAGCAGCUCGAUGUGGCUCGUAAGAUCACCUCCAUUGCCCUCUCCACUCGUCUAUCCAAGCUCGAAUUCGAAUGCUCCCAUCUCCACUCCAAACUCGACGAGAAGGAUGACCUCAUCUCCGAGUUGCAGGCUCAGAUUCACUCCCUCGAUGUUUCUCUCGCCGAAACCGCCGAUCGGCUUUCCCUGGCCGACCAAGAAAAGAAGAGCCUGUUGAAGGAGAAUGCUUCGUUGUGUAGCACCAUCAACAAGCUCAACCGAGAUGUUUCCAAGUUAGAAAGCUUCAGGAAAACUCUUAUGCGGUCACUUCAAGAGGAGGAAGACAAUUCUGCAAGAGGCUCCCAAGCUCUCACAAAGAAAAUACCUCAACAAGAGAGUGUAUCUUCUGCAUCACUCAUUGGAGAAGAGGAAGCUACAUUAGCACCAUCAACAUCAUCUUCAAUGCAGAAUCAGUUCUCGGAAGCAGGAAAUUCAUUCACAGAGGAUAGUGAGACAUAUGCUUCAAGACCUCAUACAUCCCAAGGCCUUCUAUUAGCAUCCCAGAGUAGCACACCAAGGCUUACUCCUCCAGGUUCCCCUCCAAGUCUCUCUGCAUCAGUAUCUCCAACGAUAAUAUCUAAACCAGUAUCACCAAGGAGACAUUCAAUUUCGUUUUCAAGCACGAGAGGCAUGUUAGAUGAUAGGUCUGCAAUAUUUUCUUCUGUGCCACCAAGCCAUCACAGUUCAAUGACAAGCUCUGCUGACAUAGGAUCUCAAACUGGACGAAGCCGCGUUGAUGGAAAAGAGUUCUUCCGCCAAGUCCGGACACGUCUCUCUUAUGAGCAGUUUGGUGCAUUUCUAGCUAAUAUCAAGGAAUUAAAUUCCCACAAGCAAACAAGAGAGGAAACUUUAAGAAAGGCAGAUGAGAUAUUUGGUCCAGAUAACAAGGACCUUUACACCAUAUUUGAGGGAUUGAUCACCCGCAAUAUUCAUUGAAAUUGCUACAUCUGAAAUCAAUCCAGUUAUCACUGAUUGAUGAUCCACCCUCCAUUUAUUCACUUUUCUCUGUAAAUAAGGUAAUGACUUUGGGGUCACCAUACAAUUCUAUGUAUAAUCCUCCUUCAGUUAGUAUUUCAUGUUAUUUAUU